ACCGAUUUGAAGUUUUUUUCCAGCUGCAAAUUCAAAUUUGUGUUUGAUGUCCUGCUCCAAGCAAAUAAGUCCGCAGAUUACGUAGAGAAACUACAAUACAUGACCUUUUUAACCAGCGCCACUAUAAGCGGAAUACAUAUGAGAUGAAUAACAAAAAGUAUGGAUCAAAAGUGAAACAACAGUGGCGUGAGCCGAAAGCGAAUAAAAGUCUUGAUGUCAUAGCCUGAUGUUGUAAUAUCGGAUGUUUCACCAAUUUAUUUGCGCAACCCGUCUCUAAACUUUGAUUGUCAAGUAAACUUAAGAAACCUUCACUCAACCUCCACGCCAACGACCUUCAAACACGACAAGAACAAUUUACGCAAAUGUCGACCACCUACUAUCCCGCCGGGACCUACCAGGGCCACCGGCCGGGUUACGUUUUUAAACUCGGCGACCAGGGGCAGGGCUACUACCAGGAUCUCGGCACAGCGGCGGCCGUAGCGGCGUUUUUUGGGCAGCAGCAGAACGGCGGGGCGGGCAGCAAUAUUCCAACGGAAAGGCCAAAACCGGUGUACAACAAAUUCGCGAACGAUGGGAGUUACUACGCAAAAAUAACGGCAAUGCUGCAGAAGAAAGCCCGGAUUGAGAAGGCAGAGAAAGAAAAGAUGGCAGGUAUAGUCGUAUUUAACAAUGGCGAUUCUGACAGACAGCACUAGAUACUGCUGCUUUUUCUAGUACUUGUCAUGCGAAAUUAACGCGCGCAGUGUAGUGUGAUACGGCCUAGGACUUAGCUAGAAGUCGCGCAGAAGAACAUACCCGUGGUAUCCGAAACUCCUCAAAAAAUCUGUGUUGCAAUAAGUCCUGAUAAACUUCUAAACAGCAAACGGCACCCUGGGUGGUGGCAGUGGUCAGCAGCCACCCGCCGACAUGGAAGUAGACGAUCCAGUAAAAGAAAGGGAGAGGCAACAAUUUUUGGCGGAUAUGGCUGCAGCCGGGCAGAAGAUGCAGGCGGGACACUGAUAGAGUUGUCAACAUCUUCACUACAGAAGUAUUUGGCUCCACUCCGUGCUACUCUGAGCGUCCGAUUCUCGCUGAUCAUCAGGUGAUUGAUUCAUGCUGGCACAGAAGGUGGAUCUUCAUCUUCAUGGGAACAAAGAGGCAACGUUGAUUAGCGUCUAGCUACAAGUAGUUCAAAGAAGACGAUGGAAAACAAAAAGACUUCGUACGAGGACUUCUAGCGGACUAACUUCUAUGUCAACUCAUUUAUACUUGUUUUUUUUGUUCAACUUCUUUCUUGUCUCGGUGGCUUACUACCCUGCAUCGGUAA